AUGGUGCCGCCACGACGCCAUCGCGGGGCAGGAAGGCCAGGGGUACUGAAUUCUUCACCUCCUUUCAGAUUCACAUCUGCCAAGUUUUCAGACAUUACUUUUGAAGACCUCAGAAAAACCCUUAAAAUCAAAAUUCAAAUGGUGUGUGUAUUUAUCAUGAACCGAAUGAAUUCCCAGAGCAGUGGUUUCACUCAGCGCAGGCGAAUGGCUCUUGGGAUUGUUAUCCUCCUCCUUGUUGAUGUGAUAUGGGUGGCUUCCUCUGAACUUACUUCGUAUGUUUUUACGCAAUACAACAAACCAUUCUUCAGCACCUUUGCAAAAACAUCUAUGUUUGUUCUGUACCUCUUGGGCUUUGUUAUUUGGAAGCCAUGGAGACAACAAUGUGCAAAAGGAUUUCGAGGAAAGCAUGCUGCUUUUUUUACAGAUGCUGAAGGUUACUUUGCUGCUUGCACAACAGAUACAACUAUGAAUAGUUCUUUGAGUGAACCUCUGUAUGUUCCUGUGAAAUUUCAUGAUUUUCCAAGUGAAAAACCUGGCAGCACAAAUAUUGACACUGAAAAAACUCCCAAAAAGUCUCGUGUAAGGUUUAGUAAUAUUAUGGAGAUUCGACAGCUCCCAUCAAGCCAUGCAUUCGAAGCUAAGUUGUCGCGCAUGUCAUAUCCUGCUUUGAAAGAACAAGAGUCCAUACUAAAAACUGUGGGGAAACUUAAUGCAACUCAAGUAGCAAAAAUAAGCUUUUUUUUCUGUUUUGUGUGGUUUUUGGCGAAUUUGUCGUAUCAGGAAGCACUUUCAGACACACAAGUUGCUAUAGUUAAUAUUUUGUCUUCAACUUCUGGACUGUUUACUUUAAUCCUUGCUGCCAUGUUUCCAAGUAACAGUGGAGAUAGAUUUACCCUUUCUAAACUAUUAGCUGUAAUUUUAAGCUUUGGAGGUAUUGUGCUGGUCAACCUGUCAGGAUCUGAAAAAUCUGCUGGAAGAGAUAGAAUAGGUUCCAUUUGGUCUCUUGUUGGAGCCAUGCUUUAUGCUGUCUAUAUUGUUAUGAUUAAAAGAAAAGUAGACAGAGAAGAUAAGUUGGAUAUUCCAAUGUUCUUUGGUUUUGUAGGUCUGUUUAAUCUGCUGCUAUUAUGGCCAGGUUUCUUUUUACUUCAUUAUACUGGAUUUGAGGACUUUGAGUUUCCCAAUAAAGUAGUAUUAAUGUGCAUUAUCAUUAAUGGCCUUAUUGGAACAGUUCUCUCAGAGUUCCUGUGGCUAUGGGGCUGCUUUCUUACCUCAUCAUUGAUAGGCACACUUGCACUAAGCCUUACAAUACCUCUGUCCAUAAUAGCUGACAUGUGUAUGCAAAAGGUGCAGUUUUCUUGGUUAUUUUUUGUAGGAGCUGUUCCUGUAUUUUUUUCAUUUUUUAUUGUAACUCUCCUAUGUCAUUAUAAUAAUUGGGAUCCUGUGAUGGUGGGAAUCAGAAGAAUUUUUGCAUUUAUAUGCAGAAAACAUCGAAUUCAGAAGGUUCCAGAAGACAGUGAACAAUGUGAGAGUCUCAUUCCUAUGCACAGUGUUUCUCAGGAGGAUGGAGCUAGUUAG